CUUCGGUUCAAGGAGUACGACCAUGAGGACGAUGGCAAGAGCAAUAUGUUUUUACAAGGAUACAAAAAUGCUACAGCUGAACGGCACCAGGAGGAGGCACAAUCAGAGGAAAUGUGCCGCGGGCCAAUGAAAAAAACCCCAGCUGCGGGCCACACUUUGGACACCUGGAAUAGGUCGAUUCACUGACACGAAAAAGUACAGUAUGGACCACCCCUAUCGCCAUGAAACGGGCGGAGCGCUCCGAUUAAUGACGUUUGAUGAGGGAUGAAAGAAGUGUAGAAAGUUGGUGCGGGCAUGAAGGAGAAGGUGUGGACUGAGGACGUGGAGAGAGAGCAGGACGGAUAAUGUGAGAUUCACGCACGAGAUUACCGCAGCCUCGAUGUUUGGGAGAUGAGAACCACAGCACAACUAUAACGUCCGUCCUGCAGGUCCUGGCAGGAACCAUGAAGUCCAGGAGUCACGACCAGAGUUUUUCUGAGUCCACAGAACUGGACCGAUCCUACGACCCACUCACAGGUAACCCACCAUCCAAACCCAGUAAAAAGACCAUCAAGCAACGAUUCCUCAAACUGCUGCCGUGCUACCACUCCGGCUCCAGCCCGUCCGUCAAUCAAAACAGUGUGAGCGACACUGCCGAGCUGUCUGCGGUGCGUUAUCGACCCGAAGGACUGGAACGUCUCGUGGAGCAGACCAACUUCAGCAAGAAAGAGCUGCAGGUCCUUUACAGAGGAUUCAAAAACGAGUGUCCCAGUGGUGCUGUGAAUGAGGAGACCUUUAAAAACAUCUACUCUCAGUUUUUCCCUCAGGGAGAUACAAGCAUGUAUGCACAUUUCCUGUUUGAAGCUUUCGACACCCACAACAGUGGAUCUGUCAGCUUUGAGGACUUUGUGAUAAGUAUGUCCAUCAUCCUGAGAGGGUCCGUCACAGAUAAACUCAACUGGGCCUUCAACUUGUACGACCUCAACAAAGACGGCUGCAUCACCAGAGAGGAGAUGACGGACAUUAUGCAGUCCAUUUACGACAUGAUGGGCAAGUACACGUACCCCUGCAUGAGGGACAGCGCCCCCAAGGACCAUGUGGAAUCUUUCUUCCAGAAGAUGGACAAGAACAACGACGGCGUGGUCACUAUCGAGGAGUUCUUAGAGACAUGCCACAAGGAUGAGAACAUCAUGCAGUCCAUGCAUAUGUUUGACAAUGUCAUCUAGUGGACUCCAACUCGAAGGUUCCUCCACCAGAGCGCUGCAACACUUACCCAAAGUGUGUAUGUGUGUGUGUGUGUGUGUGUGUGUGUGCGCUUAAACUGAGUAUUGCAAAUGAAACACAUCCACCAACAUAAUCCAAAAGGACUCAAAUCUGCUACAGAGACGCUGGAGUACUUUUUAACACAACAGCAUGGACAGCCGGGCUAUGAACUAACCGGGCGUCUUAUAUAAAGAAUUUAGUAGGAAUUUGCAAAUUAAAUGCACUGCAAUUAGUAGCAAAGUAAAAAAACAAGGAAAAUGGUACUUGAUUUGAUAAAAAUGAAUCAAUGAUGGCACUAUAUCCUGUAUACAGUGGAUCCCCGCACAGUCGCGAUUCAGAAUUCACAUUUAUUUAUUUUUCUAGGCCUAAAAAGGCCGUUUUUUCCCCGCAGAUAACACAUCUCAUCCACUACAAGUCAGUGAUGGUUUCUAAAUACGUGAUGAUACAGGUAACGUGCACCGCAUACAUGCACCACUGUUAAAAAAACGCCCAACAUUCUUAUGUUUGUCUUCACGCUUCACUUUUUUGGCAAGCGUUGCGAUUCCGAACUUUGUUCGGCAGUCCAUGAACGCACCGUGGUAGCUGUGAGACGCUAAAGUGAAACUUUACACGACCCAGUGGCGUUUGGAGCAGCGGAGCCUCCUGCUACCGCUAGAUGCUUCAGCGUGAGGUGGCGGUCGGCCCACAACAGACGUAAGCGUGGUUGUCGCGCUAGCUCAGAUUUAACAGUUCUCUUGGUCAUUAUCAUCAUUCAUUAGCUGUUAGUACUUGUACAUUUUAUACUUCUAUAAUACGUAUGCAUAUUAUAAAAUAUAUUGAAUAAGCGUGUGAGCCAUGUUUACCAUUUAGCUUAUUAGCAUCUGUUGUGAUCGAACAAUGGAAAUUGAACAGAGAUUGUGGGGUGUCGGGGAAAUGAAUCAGAUCUAAUGAUUACAAGUCACUUUUAUUGCAACAUAUAUAUAUAUAUAUAUAUAUAUAUAUAUAUAUAUAUAUAUAUAUAUAUAUGUACAGUAUAUAUACAGUAUAUCGGUAUAAGCAUGGUAUAGGCAUAUGCUGAUACUUGCUCUUAACCGCCCAUCAGCUCUGCCCCCAUUGCUGCAGGCAGCCUAUAGCGACCAUGUCCCGCCCACUUCCCUUCACAAAGCCAAAACAAGCAUGUCUGCCGUGCGGGACUUCCUGUCGUUGUGAGAGUGAUGUAAGUUUUGCACCCUGCAAAACACGCCUUAAAAAGCUUUAGUUUGGUGCGGCAUUUGAGGGCUGGCACUUGGCACGGUGUGGUGAGUUUUCGCGGCCGGGCGGCGGCUAAUUAGCCAAAACGCAGGACACGCGCCCGUGAUAGCCCGAACAGCGGUUGGAUUCGUCGGACUGGAUGGCCGGACGGCGGGGGCGGUGGGGGAAACCGGGUUUGCCGACUGCCUGGGGUCCUGCUGGAUAUUCUUUCAUUGAAAGUCUCCUUAAAGAAACAAGCUAUGAAAAGAAAUGUUUUUUUAUUUAAAAAUCUACAGUUAAUCUAUGUGAUCGGUAUCGGACAAUUUCACUCGUGGAUGAUUGGUAUUGGCAGCAUAAAAACCUGAUCUGAGCAUCCCUAAUGAAUAAAUAUUAUAUACCAAUAUAUAUAUUAUAUAUAUAUAUAUAUAUAUAUACACACACACACACACACACAGUGGUGUGAAAAAGUGUUUGCCCCCUUCCUGAUUUUAUCAUUUUUUUUCAUGUUUGUCACUUAAAUGUUUCAGAUCAUCAAACAAAUUUGAAUAUUAGUCAAUGACAACACAACUGAACACAAAAUGCAGUUUUUAAAUGAACCUUUUUCUUAUUAAGUGAGAAAAACAAUCCAAACCUGCAUGGCCCUGUGUGGAAAAGUGAUUGCCCCCUAAAUCUAAUAAGUGGUCGGGCCACCCUUAGCAGCAACACCUGCAAUCAAGCAGUAACUUGCAAUGAGUCUCUUACAGCGCUGUGGACAAAUUUUGGCCCACUCCUCUUUGCAGAAUUGUUGUAAUUCAGCCACAUUGGAGGGUUUUCCAGCAUGAACCGCCUUUUUAAGGUCAUGCUGGAGGUCACGAACAGAUGGCCGGACCUUCUCGUUCAGGAUUUUUUGGUAGACAGCAGAAGUCAUGGUUUGAUUUAUCACAGCAAAUCUUCCAGGUCCUGAAAGCAGCAAAACAGCCCCAGACCAUCACACUACCACCACCAUAUUUUACUGUUGGUAUGAUGUUCUUUUUAUGAAAUGCGGCGUUACUUUUACGUCAGAUGUAAUGGGACACACACCUUCCAAAAAGUUCAGCUUUUGUCUCGUCAGUAUUUUCCCAAAGGUCUUGGGGAUCAUCAAGAUGUUUUCUGUCAAAGUCGAGACGACCCUCAGCAGUGGUUUUCGUCUUGGAACUGCCAUGCAGGCCGUUUUUGCCCAGUGUCUUUCUUAUGGUGGAGUCAUGAACACUGACCUUAACUGAGGCAAGUGAGGCCUGCAGUUCUUUGGAUGUUGUUAUGGGGUCUUUUGUGACCUCUUGGAUGAGUCAUCGCUGCGCUCCUGUGGUAAUUUUGGUUGGCCGGCCACUCCUGGGAAGGUUAACCACUGUUCCAUGUUUGCCAUUUGUGGAUAAUGGCUCUCACUGUGGUUCUCUGGAGUCCCAACGCUUUAGAAAUGGCUUCAUAACCUUUUGCUGCACUGAUAGAUCUCAAUUAAUCUCCAUUAUGUUUUAACAAGGCGGGCAAUCACUUUUUCACACAGGCCCAUGUUAGUCUCAUUUAAAAACUGCAUUUUGUGUUCAGUUGUGUUGUCACUGACUAAUAUUUUCAUUUGUUUGGCGAUCUCAAACAUUUUGGUGUGACAAACAGAAAAAUUAAGUAAUCAGGAAGGGGGCAAACACUUUUUCACACCACUGUAUAUACAGUCGUGGAAAAAAUGUCGGCCAUGUUUUUAAAUAUUUUUAUUGUGUCGCUCCUCGUGGACAAUGCAGUGCUUCACUUUUUUUUGGUAUGAUUUCAUACUAAAUUCGCAUGACGGCCAUUCCAUGUAUGACAUACAUUGAAAUAUUCCAGAGACACUCCGAAGCGUUAAACCAAGCAAUAACAUUGUCACGUUGUCAAGCACUCACAUUUAUUACCAUUGCAUUACAUCUGCAUGAUUCCAAUUAGACGUUACAUAUCUUUUGCAUAGAAAUACGAAUAAAAUCUCAAAGAAACUGCUGCAUCCUGUCAUUGACAUUUUGUUGCUGACGCAAGAUUUCAUCGAGUAAGGCUCUGCUGCACGAGGAAGUUGAGUUUCUUCCCAUCACUAAUUGAAGGCGGGAUGAAUAAAGACCCUUUAAGAGCAGGCAUCGUGUGCAACGUAAAAUGAGACGAUGAGAAAAGUAGAGACAGAAGAUGUGUUAUGACAACACGUGUUGGGUUUUUGAGUGCUUACGGACGUGAAAAAGAUGACAACGUUUUGGUGUUGGUGGAAAGUGGCAGACCUCAAAAAUGGAGACGUGGUUCCUACAAGUGUGCGUGAUGCAAAAAGGAAAAUCUGACAGGAGGGAAAAUACAUUUACGCAAGCGAAAUAUGAGGAUGGAAGUCACCAACACAGCUCUCGUGAGAUAAUGAAUAGAUUGAUGACUUCUAAUGUACACAACGAUGCGGGAGUCCAAAGCAGUUUUCACUAUGAGCACAUGAAUGCUAUAUGAUUCAUUAUUGGAAUAGGAAAAUGCCUCGCAAUAUUGUUUUGUGUCUGAAUGCUGUUUUUUCGUGAUAGGGAAGGCUCAUAUUCUUCAGACCACACAGUUUGUUGCAGGAGUAGCGCGCUCCAUUUCUCCUCAGUUGCUUCAAAUUGAAUUAAUCGUUGAUUAAUUGCACACAAAUGCACGGCAACGUACAAACACCAAAAAACACAAAUGCUGCAAUCACAAACGCUGCAGGAUCAAACACAAAUGCACGAGGAACGGAAGACAACAGAAGUUAGCAAGGUUACCACGGGCACCAGACCUGAGGCAUAUCCAUCUUUACGGACACGAGCGAGACGCCCAGAAGAAAGUUUGCGGAAUGAAAAGGUAAGUUUUCUUUAUGUCUUCGUUAAACACUAAUAGCCGUAAUGACCGGUUGUUCUAUAAUUCUGUAAAACGUUACCAAGUCCAUUUUACGUCUUUAAAGACAGAUAUCCCUCAGGUGUGGCUCCCCCGGUAGCCUGGCUAACUUCUGAACUAUUUUUCUUUUGCAUUGUUUUAUGGCGUUUGUGGUGUUUUUGGUUUUGGAGAAUUUCUGUGUUUGGAGCGUUUGGUCGUCUUCGUGCGUGCGACCCCGUCAGCCACCGUACAAAUGAUAUACAGUAUUCUUAUAAACAAUGAAACAUCUCUUAAUUUAGCUAUGAAUCUGAGCGUAAUCUGGCCACUUUUCAAAAUAAAACAUAAAAAAAGGAAAUUAUUUUUUCUUUCUGUGCAGCCCGGUACCAAAUGACCCACCACCCGGUACCGGGCCACAGCCCGGUGGUUGGGGAUCACUGCUUUAAGACAUUGUAUGGUUUUGCAUUUUGUCACCUGGGUUUUAAAUUCUCAUACUGUAUGUUUCAUUUAAAAGUGAGCCCAUGAACUAAUGUGGAAUUUAAAAAAUAAAAAUGGUGUAAAUAAUAAAAUUAUUUUACACAAUCUAAUAAUUUGUCAACAGGUGGCACUGGAGAGUGACUUUGUAAACAGUGGCAGUUUUUAAAAAGCCAUGAGCAUUAGCUGGCAAAAAACACAUGACACCAAAGUAGGUUUAAUAUAUCCUUUAUUUUUAUUUAGCAAAAUUUCAGUAAAAACUCUUAGUAAGUACAAAUUUCCCUGUCAGUAGUUUUUUUUUCCUCCAGCUGGCGUCCCCGUGACGAUAUUAAAUCCACAAGAAAGAAAUCAGUCAAUCUGUUGAGCCAACGCCUCAAUCAGAGUUUUGACAUAAAAAUAGUAAAUAGUUAAAGACACACACAAGCUCUUACUUUUGGUUAAAAUUGACAAUUAUAAUCCUGGCUAAGCAAACUAUGCAAUCCUUUUUCCCUGUAAAAAAAAAUACAAAUAAAAUGUGACAACUCCAGACACCAACCACCUUGCUAGCAACACUUCCUUCCCUCUCCAAAGGCGAGUCUCCUUAGUUGUGUCGCAAAAAAAGCACCGUGUGUCAGAUAGUUUGGGGUUACAGCAGGAGAAAGUUGACAAUUUCUUAUGGAAACUACCGCACAGGCGCUCGUGUCUUUUAAAGGCGUUAAUGAUCCACCUGUGGCACCGUUGUCAACUAGUCCUCUCUCUAAAAAGUACAAGAAAAAAAAAGGAAGCUAUGUGAUCUUCACAACGUAAAAUCUCUUUGGCAUAGAUGACCCACCCGGAAGCUGAAGCACACGUACGCACACACACGCACUCACACACACACACACACACACACACACACACACACACACACAGAA